AUUAUCAAUUAAAGCUAAUUGCUAUAUUUGCUGCUAAAGUAAUUUGGUUAAUAGGAGUGCUAGAUCUGGCAGGAAUAGGUUUUUCUAUGUGGCUAGUAGUGAAAUUGCUAGAAGUGGCUAUACUAGUUGCAACCAGAGUAGGUGUAGUUGUGCUUGCUUCUACAAGAGUGUUGGUAUCUUUGUUUAUAUCCUUUGUGAUGUCUGUAGAGAUCUUAGUUGUGUCUGUGGGAGUAUGUACUAGUACAUAA